ACAUUUGCUUGUGAGAUUGUCAACAAUAUAGCUCAAAAUCCCUUUCCCAGAAAAAAAAUCGUACAAGAGAGCAAUUAUUUAGUCUUAGAAGAACAGAGCCCUUCGGCUCCUGUUWUUUCAGAAAACGUUUAUGCUGAAGCUAAAGUGUUAAUCUAAAUGUAUUGUCCGUUGUUUUGUGACUGUUUUCGUGGUUUCAGAGUUAUAAUUCCAUCUCCAYACAGUUAAGACCUUCUAUGGAAGCAAUUAAGUUAAAAUUGUUACGAUUUUGCAAUGCAGCUAAUGAGACGUGGCGUUUUUAAACGAUGCAUUGUGGUCUUAGAAUGUACAAUGCAGUAUACAAUACUCAGUAUCAAACGUUUUCUAAAAUAGCUGUAUAUAUAUACACCUACUUGCAGAAAUGUCAUAGAAAAUGGAACAUUUGAAUUUUAAAAAGGAAUAAAGUAAAACAAGAUAAAAGAAAGCGUUAAGCCUCAGUGAUCUUCUUUUGUCUUUUUGAUUUAUUCCUUUUUACUAAAUACAAAUGUCCUAUUUUCUAUGACAACCUUUUUGCAAGUAGGUGUAUGUGGAGAUCCUAUAAUAUCACAUGUUGUCACACUAUUUCUGUGUAAAGAAAUUUGUGGCACAGGAUCUUAAAUCGCAUUGCAUUAUGGGGGUGUGGUGCUAGAGUAAAGAAAGGUCAUAGCUUUAUAAAGAGAUUUUGGCCUUUAACUAUUUGUUCCUAAUUUUAUAUCUGUCUUGCAUAUUCUUCGCUUUGCAAAUCAGUUUGUGAUGUAUUGAAUCUUAAUUAUCUCAGUCCAAAGUAUACCUGGGAACUUGAAGUUCUCAGCUUCGAAAAGUUAUAGAAUUGUUGAAAUAUUUUUAGUGACUCUUCGUCAGAUUGUAAAAAGAUUGUAAAUAGCUUCAUGAAAUUUUAAAGUCGAGAAUGAGUCAAUAAAACUGCGACAUUACUGAUAUUGGUCGUAACUUGAAAGUGAAUUUAUUUUCUGCAAUGCUGCACCUGACCAACUUCUUUCCGUCAUGUUAGGUUUYCUUGUUGAUAAACUCUUCUCCGUCAUUCCAAUAUUUACCGACAGACUUCUGCUUCUUUUAGGACGCAAAUCACUUCUUUUUUUGUUCCUUGUUGUUAUUUCUUUUCCAUUUGUCUUAUUGGUUUAUAAACCUCUAUUAUUUUACUAUUUGCUCAACUAUGUGGAAAUAAUAAUCAUUGAAGUCCUCGCUGAUGAUGAAAGACAGCUGCUUGCAAACGAUGUCCAAGUCGCUGAAAAGGAAUGGAGAUUGUAUCAGUUUGAAUGGYGCUAUGGGCAACGGUGGUGUAAAGACAAURAUAUCAAAUCUAGAYCGGACUGGACAUGGYUGACMGCGAUGGUGAAUGAUGAUUAUGCUGURCCAGCUCUAGUGCUUGGAUACUCGUUACAAAAGCUCUCUUGUCAGARGAAUAUGCUGGCUUUGGUGUCUAAAGACGUGUCAAAUUCUGCUAAAGAAGCACUUGAGAAGGUAGGUUGGACUGUAAAAGUAGUUGAAAGGCUUGAUUGUGACUGGAUUGAGAGACAAAAGGGACUUCCUGAGUCACAUAUGGGCUAUAUAGGAACCCAUACAAGRCUUCAUGCWUGGAAUUAUACUCAGUACUCYAAGAUUAUAUAUGCUGACCCAGAUUACAUGCCGAUGACCAGGAUAGAUGAGUURUUUGAGAUMGAUGGUGACUUUGCUGCAAGUUCUUGCUCAAGACCUGGAAUACUUGAUCCUUGUUUUAAUGCUGGUUUGUUGGUAUUUCGACCUGGUACCAACUACUAUAAUGAAAUCAUGGACCUUUGGUGGAAAACUACAGAUGAUCAUUGUCCAAAUGACCAGGUUCUAUUAUGGCAUUACUAUGUAAAUGCAGGGAAGUGGACCCAACUACCUUACUCYUACAAYGUAMGACGUCUUGYAUUCCGUCCAAUGAAGGCAUAUCAUUUUGCAUGUUGUAUUCCACCUAAACCAUGGUCAGCAAAGUGUCGUCCAAACAGAAGGGAAGCAAAAAUGUAURACAAACCCAUCACAGAAGUUGAAAGCCUGGCAAYAAUAUUUUGGAAGAUUUUAUAUGAAKUACUUGAGGAGCGUCGUAUUGAUGAUUGGUGGAAGACUACAAGAUUUUAUAGAGAGAAACAGGAAUAUGGAAAAGUGACUGCUGCACAAUGCUGGGGGACUUCAAAGAAGUUUGUUAGGAAUGGAUCCCUUAGUUAACAUCAGUUUAUGCAAAGAAAAGUGACUAGUGACUGGCCUCAAACUACUCACGAAUGGGCAAAGAGCGCCGCUGCACUAAGAAAUCAAACACUACUUUUUUUCUUUUCAUUUUUCUUGUUUUUCCUUUUCUUUUCAUGCAAACUCCUUUGAUAGUUGACUAAUGUCCACGACAUUAUUUCUGAAUAAAAAUGGUGUUUUUUAAUGGUGCUUUUUCUUUUUUUUCUUCCUUGUGGAAUAAAAUUAUCAUCAAGGUCCGUUUUACUCAGACCUUAAAAUCACCAAUCUACUCUGAGUCGAGUUUACAAAAAUAACACAUUCGUUCAGUGACGAUGGACGGCAUCUUCUUGCUUGCCGAACACGAGAAAUUGCCUCGAUUCCACGAGUAAGAAAAAAAUCGUACCUGCGUCG